GCGAUUCGGCGUUGAUUAAAAAAUUGAUAAUUCAUUGGAAUUUUUCACUUUUUGUUUCAAAUGAAUGAUUUUCCAAGUAAAGUUUAAAUAAUUCGCUAGCUUUACUAAUAAUAUAAUUUCAAGAUGACGGCUGCAUUGGAAUCAGUUGUGCAAGAAAGACAAUUUGAGCAAAUUGAUAGAGAAAAGACUUGCCCAUUACUUCUUCGUGUAUUUUGUACGUAUGGAAGACAUCAUUCUCUCUACGACUAUCAAAAAGGCAUAUUUCCGUUGAACGAAUUUCAAAUCUACACAUGGUUGGACGCGACGUUGCGUGAAAUAACGAAUUUAAUCAAAGAAGUUAAUCCCGAAGCUAAGGAAAGAGGUACCACGUUCGAUUUCCAAUUGGUAAUGCCUGAUAGAUUUUCAUCCAGGUAUCUUUGUAGAGACAUUGGCACAACAUGUUGUGGUCAAAAGAGUCCCGACGAUGAGAAGACACUGAAUCUGUGCAAGUUUGUUAUCGGCGAUUAUAUGGAUGUUAAUAUAACUUUACCUACACGAAACCAAGGAGGUCCUAUGCGACGUGGAGGCGGACCUAGAUAUAGAAAUUGAUAAUUCGCUUAGCAAGUUUAUCAUAUAUAAGUAUUUUUAAGCGGUAUAUAAUUCGUAAUUUGUGUUUCUCUAUCGAAUUGUAACGAGCUGAAAUGAGUCAGUAUCUUUGUACAUAAUUACAUUUUCUUUUUCGCA